UGUCACAAGUUGCCCAACAAGCCGGGGGCCGCGGCGGGCUGCGGGGCCAGGAGGGCGUCUGGUAAGGGGCUGGGAAGUACAGUUGUGCGGGCCGCUAGAGGCCACUAACUUUCUCCUCCGGGAAGAUCGAGGUUCCGCCCCGGUCACCCGCGGCUCCUGCCCAUAGUUGUGACCGGAGGGAGCCCAUGCGAUAUGUUUGAAGAAGCUGACGCAGUUGGUGACGCUCGUAGCUUCCUGAUGAGGGACCGGGAACAGCCGCACAUUCACUGUGUUGGGUAACAAGCUCCGCUUUUGGCCGCUUCCCCCAUUCAGGAUUGUUCUAGCAACGCACCCCGGCGGCUAGUUAGGGAGCCGCGGGCCCGUGUCCAGAGCAUCUGUUCCCAGGAUCCGUGGUGGCAGAAGAGAGCAGCAAGCCCUUAGGAAAAGCUUCAACUCUUCCCAACUCUCAGUUGGUACUGAAAGGCAGUAGCUCUCCAUGGAACUCUUGACUGAUGAAAUAAGGCAAAUCAGGAGUCUUUCAUCUGAAGCCUUCUUUCAGCUGACUUCUAAAUGCCAUACGUCCAACAGAGCAGCUUUUUGAACUCUCCAACCGGGUCUUCAGACCUUUCAGAUGAGAAAACUGAGGAUCAUAAAAUUUUCCCAAGAUCACACAAUUAGAAUGAAUUAAGAUCCCUGGUAGAAGAGAACUUUAUGAGUGAGUGAAUACCAAAAAGAAUGCUGUGAAGUUGGUAAAAGGCAUAACAGAAAUCAGAGGACAAGAGCUGCUGCUGUCUUUCAAAGGAGAUGGGAUGGUGAUCUCUUACCACCCUGUCCUCCAGGGACUCUUCUCACACCAGGAUCCAGAUUGCUGAAGCUGGCCAUGGUGAGGCUGGAUUUGACAUAUAGACAGACCUCCACCAUGACCUCCAGUUGUCAGGGCAACUGCAGCAUUAUCUGUAUGAAAAGACAUACCCUACAAAAGGAGUUAUGAGCAGUGUCCUCAUGAGAAGAUUGGAUAUUUAUUCAGAUGUCUCAGAAAGUCCACCCAUACAGAGAAACACAUUGGCUUCUGUGAUUCAACUUUGAAAUACGUAAGCUGUUUCUUGAACAGACUACUCAACAAUAUCAGCUACUCUUCGAAUGGCUACUCAAAGGAAGCACUUGGUGAAAGAUUUCAAUCCUCAUAUUACCUGUUACAUCUGUAAAGGUUAUCUCAUCAAGCCAACUACAGUUACAGAGUGUCUCCACACCUUUUGUAAGACUUGCAUAGUCCAACACUUUGAAGAUAGUAAUGAUUGUCCAAGGUGUGGCAAUCAGGUUCAUGAGACAAAUCCAUUAGAAAUGUUACGAUUGGACAAUACAUUAGAGGAAAUUAUAUUUAAGCUGGUUCCUGGACUACGAGAACAGGAACUUGAGCGUGAGACAGAAUUUUGGAAGAAAAACAAGCCUCAAGAAAAUGGACAAGAUGAAACUUCAAAAGCUGACAAACCCAAAGUAGAAGAAGGUGAUGAAAACCAGGAUGAUAAAGACUAUCAUAGAAGUGACCCACAAAUUGCCAUCUGUCUAGAUUGCUUACGUAAUAAUGGGCAAUCAGGGGACAAUGUGGUAAAGGGUUUAAUGAAGAAAUUUAUCCGAUGUUCUACACGUGUGACUGUGGGAACUAUUAAAAAAUUUCUAAGUUUAAAGCUAAAGCUUCCAAGUUCUUAUGAGCUGGAUGUUCUAUGCAAUGGUGAAAUUAUGGGGAAGGACCACACUAUGGAAUUCAUCUAUAUGACAAGAUGGCGCCUAAGAGGAGAAAAUUUUCGGUGUCUGAACUGCUCAGCUUCGCAAGUCUGCUCACAGGAUGGCCCUUUUUAUCAGUCUUACCCCAUGGUAUUGCAGUAUCGACCAAGAAUUGAUUUUGGUUAAACCAAAGGGCAUAGAUCCCACCAAGAGGAAUCCUGCACUAUUUGUUUACCCAUCGACAGAUUGCACAAUGAAUGGAUGUGCUGGACUAGGGAGACACAACUAGAAUUUCAGCAUGCAAAUAAGAACAUUGUCUUUCUUUAAAUUGUCAACUGCAUCUUUGUCAUUUCUAUUAAGAACAAACCAAGUGCCAUUCUGCUACUGAAAUCUCUGCAUAAGAUACCUGUACUGUCCAACCAUUGCAUUUGCAAGUCAUAGCUGAAUCCAGUCCAGUGUAUCACCAAGAUUCAAUCUGCUGACUUUUUUGCUCGCCUAUUCCAAGACUAUACUAAUACCAAUGUUGAUUACACUAGGAAAUGGCAGUGCUCAGUCUUUGUGGUGUUACAGUUUUCACAUAUUUACUAUUUUAUUGAUUAUUGUUUAAAAUAAUAGUACUGUACAAGAACUUAAUGAUUAUAUCUUGGAAUUAUUUUGUAUUAAAAAUAUACUUAGAAAAGUGGUUACCAUGCCACUGUCUUGUUCUUGUUCAAAAUUUCCCAUGUGUACAAGUAGAGUUUCCUCACAAUAUUGUGUAAGAGUCCUUUUUUUCAGUGAAUGUUAAUUAUUCUUCAGAUAACAUUAAAAUACAGAAUAAUUAUAGUCAUUUUUAGUUGUCUAAAUAGAAUCUACCAGUAGCUCUGGAAGGCCUUUGUGGCCUCCUGGGUGCAAUUUUAUGUAACAUAUGAAAACUGAAGUGAGAUUCAUAAAUAUCAGGACAUUGGCAGCUGAUCACAUUUACAAAGUCAGUGUGUACGUGAAGUUAUUACUCCCUCCAUAAUGCCUUAUGGAUAAGCAGGAGCUGUGAAGUGAAGCGACAUUGUGUUACCCAUUUUGUAUAUGUCUCCCUGUUUGAUUUUAUUCAAGUUAGAGUACACUUUGAAAAAAGUUGGCCUUAGGUAUGUGUCGUUGUGGCAUGCAAAGAGUUACGAUGACUUUAACAUUAAAUGUUAGAAUUUGUAGUCGUUAUGACAUUAGACAUUUUGUGGCUUUCAAGAGUCUCAGAGGAAAUUGUAUAUUAAGAUUUUUGUCAGCUGUCACGUUUCCGAACAGUAUUUUUAAAAACAAAGGUAAUGCAGUAUGGCAGAUGAGCAGACUAACCAAAAUCAAUGGUUAAGGGGAUUUCAUUUUAGAUCCUUUAAUAAUCAAAGAAAAUAGGACUUUUGCCUUAUAUAGGAAAAAAAAACACUUAGGAAAAAUUAAGUUUUAUUGUGAUUAGAGCUAAAAUAGCAUACUUGAUUUUAUAGCUUUUGUAGAUACAUGUCCUUUGUUAUCUUCCAUUCAUUUCAGAUCAAUUUGCAAGUCAAGAGUUCUAUCUUAUUGUAAUUCUUGUAUCAUUUCAUAUACAGCCACCAUUUGAGUAAGUUAAAAAAUUACAUUGAUGCUCAAAAAAGAGGAAAAUUACUUAAGCAAAGUUAUAUCAAUAAAUUAGAAAACAAGUUGACUUGUUUUUUAAUAAGUUAAGUGGGGAAGAAACUUCAAGAUUAAGAAUAAACUAUCUGCUUUAGAAAUUUGACCUAAGCAGUUUGCGUGUUAAACACAGUCUAAUGCACUGUAUGUAAUACUAAAAUUUCCAGUAAAAUGUAGCUUGUAAAUUUUCUGAAUCAACUCCUUAGUAUUAGUAAUAACAUAGCUAAAAUCCUAAUAUAUUUUACAGUAUAUAAAAGGCUAAGUCCUUUUUAACAUAUCUUUGAUAAAACUUUUUGAUUUAAGAAAUUGUUCAUUCUGACUUUGUUAGAAAAUUAAUAGCAAUAUUUUUAGGUUUUCAUUUGUCCCAGUGGUUCUUUGGGAGGGUUUGCAAGCAAAUUUUAAAAAGCAGACUGGGAAAAGGGGAAUUUGUUUGACUUUGAAUACUUGGAAAUAGAUUUUUACCCUUGCCCAACAAAGCCCUCUUGAAUUGAGUAAAUGACUAAAGAAAUUAUUUUUGCUUUGCUGCUGAGUUCAAUUGAGCGACUCCCCUCUUGUAUUAGAAAAUUCAGUAUAAAUUUGUCUUAACCUGGCCAGUAAUUAAAAUAGCAUUUCAGAGUUGAAAAUAAUUUUUUUUUUAUUAAUUCAACCAUUAGGGAACUUUUUUUUAAACCACAGAUAGAAAACUUAGUUAUUUCUGUGUUUUCUGCCAAGAAGCAUAGCCUUAAAUACAUUUUUAUACGUACCUGAUUUCUUAGCUAUUUAAAUUUAUGCUGUUCUAAACAUUACUUAAUCAUAUUUAGUUGGCUAUUUUUCUACCAAAUAAUUACACAAUUUUAGGGAGUCUUAUUCUAAAAUUCUUUUGUUUCAUAUCAGUGUGUAAUGCAUGUUUUUAAGUGUAAUUGUAAUAUGUCAGUGUGCAAAAAAAAGUGGGGGAAAGAUGAAAAUUAUAUAAAGACAAACAUAAUAUGGAUUAGUUACAUAUUUUAAGAAGGACAUAAGUAAUGCAAAAAUAUCAAAUGAUUGACUUGUACUUCACAGCUUUGUCAGCCUCUAAAAUAGACACAUGAUGUAAUCUCCACCUGUUCUGAUAUAUAUAUAUUUUUUUAAAUGACUGUAGGUUAAAACUAUUUGCACAUCUAAUAAGAUUAUAAAUCCCCAGAUGCUUACUCCCAUAAAUCAGGUUUUUGUACUUCUAAGAAGUUAUACAUAGAAAAUUAGAAUAUGAUUUUUAAGAUUUAUUAUAUAAAUUUAAGGUAUACACAUAAAAUAAGAACUCUCACAUUUAAACUCUUUGGAAAAAUCAGUCAGCAGCUAAUGGAAUCAGAGAACAAAUUGAAACAUAACUAAUUCCUUAAAAGUUAUUCAAUUAAUUAAGCAAUAAACUAAAGGGACUUGACUGCCAGAAAGUAUUUUUUUUUAACCUGUUGUUAGUUGCCUUAGGGGGAAAACUCUUAAGUGUAUAUGGGCAAGUCCAGGAAGCUUGGAGAAAAGAAGGGUGUUUGCUAAGCACAGACAUCUCAUUAAUUGAAGCAUAUAGGGAUCAUUGUCAGAUUGGACCUUCGUUAGAUUAACCAGAGGUUAUUAGGAAACAUAAGGAGUAAAAUGUAAAGCAUGUUGGUGAGGUAUUUUUGUGGAGCCUGGGAAAAUUUGAAUAGUGUCUUUAUAACUCUCAAAGAAAAUGUAUUAUCUCCUUUGUUGAUAUUGAAAAAUCUCUUCCUUCCUAAUAUGCCACAUUUUAUAUUUGUAAAUGAGUAGGCCUAAACAUGGCAUUCGCAUGCAUCCUAAAUAAAUUGCAAUGGAUUCUUGAGGGGGGAAACAUAGAUGUUUAUCUUAUGUGAUGUUGUGACUGACUCAUUAGCUUUAUUGACAAUGUUAUUUAAGAGAAAGUGCCUCAUUGCUAAAACUACAUUUCUGUCUUACAUUUACUGCAUAAAUUUUGAGUAAGAGAAUGUUUUGGUUUGUUUUUCUUAGGAAUUGUUUCAUUAUUUAAAUAGUGAUUUUUUAAAAUGAAACGUUUAGAAAAUUUUCUUUUUGAAAGAUUUUUUUGUUAAACAAAUAGGCAUCACCAAAGACACAUUUACUGUUAGGUAAUGAUGUUGGGAGAAAAGCAAUUUUAAUACUUUAAAGAUUGGAAGCAUUAAGUUUGGAAUUGAAUUAAUUUUCUAUUCUUUUAGGCAAUAACCUUGAUUGGUUGCGAUAAAAUUCACCAAAGAAAGGCAUCAGACUGAACAUGCCUGGUGAGAUAAGUCAUAUGUAGGUUUUCUUUUUAACAACCUACACUACCUUACAGAUUAAACUAAAUCCCCAAAGAUGGGAAUGAGAUGAGCACAAUUUUUAUUUCUGGUAGACUGGAUUAGAAUAAAAAUAAAGGCAUUGAAGUCUGGCCUUCUCUACACAAUCUAAUUCUUUAACAAUGAAGUUCAGGUCAAAUUUUUCCAUUUUGAAAUGAAAAGCAUUUUUUCUGUGGUGGCAGCCUUUUCUGUAUUUAUGUUUAUUUCAUACCUGGUCAGGUGAUAUAGAAAAUAUUUUGAGCACAAGCUCUGUAGAAGUACUUGGCAUGCUUAACCUUUAGGCAAGAUUGAUGUUCAGAAAAGCUUACAUUUAUUUUUGCCACCAAAAAAAAUCAUAUCUUUUCAUAAGAGGGCCUAUAUUUUAUUCUUAAAAAUAAAAAACAAAAUCAUAAGCCCCAACUUUAUAGAGAUUUGCUUUCAUUGUUAUUAUCCAACAAAGGAUCCAAAUAAGGGCGUUUCCAUUUUCCAAACUACAUUAUUGUCCUCAGGAUCUAUGUUUUUUGACCAACUUCUAGGAGAAGUUAUCGUCUUUUGCAGACCUUUUGAUAUCUAAGCAAAAAGACCAUCAUUUGAGUGUCAAUGAUAAUUCAUUUAAAGGAAAUUGCAUGUUGAUCAAAUGUUGUUUGAUUAUAUGAAUUUAGAAAGUAAAUGUCAUUCUUUUGAUUGGAAAUCAGAUAAGCUUGGAAGUGCCAUGAUCAUAAUUCCAAAUCAUUAAGCCCUGUGAUUCAAGACUGAGGUCACCAAGCCAAGAAAAAGGAGCGGGGUGUUUGCCAUCACUGGCUUUUGAACAAAGAAACAUUUUAAAGUGUGCCGUCAAACUCGCAACCCUUCCAAAGCACAAAAUACCCAGCUCCUUCUGGAUUUACUUGAUUUAUCUUAGUAAUAUUUUGUUGGGGAAGGGCCAAUUUGAAGGCUCAUAAAAAUGUAUUGAAAUGUAUCAUACAGGGUUUGGUGGCUUUUUCCCCCUUAAAACAAUGUCAUAACUAAUUUUAGAUUGUUGAUAGUAACGAUGAAAAAAGAUGACUUUUUUAAUAUGGAGAAAAAGUUUUUACAAAUACUUUUUGCUUCCUUAUAUUUUAAAAAUAAAGUACUAUAAGAAAUUGAGUACAUCUUAGGAAAAUUUAAAAAAAUAAAAGGAAAAAAGUAAUUUUAAUGACCAUUUAAUUAUAUGUUUAUGCAUUUUUUCUCACAUUGAAACCUGACUUUUAAGCUAUGAUUUCUUCCCUGCCUCAAUUGUCAUCAAAAAUAUCAGCUACUCAAGUAAAAGCCUAUGUCUGGGUAUCUAUAAUAUAUAAAAGCAUUUACAUAUGUUUAUACAUACACACAUGCACAUAUAUCUCAUUAGGUCUAAUUUUCUUCCUUCUAUAGAUCUCUAUGGAAUUUAGAUCUAAUCAAGUACAGAUGCUGACUAGUAUAGGUUUCUAGGUAGUGUUUGGAAAAACACUUAAAACAGUUUUAUCCCUUAAGUCUAUUCAUAUUCUGUACUUUAAUUCACUGAAGUGGGAGUUCUACUUGUUAAAAUCUAUACUGGGAUCAGCCCCAAAUAGUUUUCUUUUGUUACUUGGGAUUUUUUGUUUCCUUUUUAGGAUGGGGAUGGGAGGGGGGUGGGCCUAAGUGACCUUAAGCAAAGCUGUGAUCCAAGAAAGGAGAAGAAAGGACCUAGGGUGUACCAAUGUUCUAAUGUUUCCUUGCAUCUGGUCAGCCACCAGAGUGAUUAUCAGUUUUUAAUACAAUAGCCCUCACAAAACUGAAAAGAUCAUAGGUGAUAUUGUAAAGUUAUGUUGCUAAUUUUCUUUUAAAAUAUAAAAUAUUUUAAGCUUUUUGUCAAAAGUGGUAACAUCUUAAUACAAAUAAACCUUUUUGUGGUUGUAAAAUUUAGCUUAUAAAUCAUUCAAAUUGAAGUGAAAGAAAUACCAGGUCAUUGUUAAUGACUUAGUCUAUUAAGAAUAUAUGUAUUUUUGUAAAGAAAAAGUACUUGUAGAUAUUUAAUCAGUCCAAGAAAUAUCUUUGUUUUGCAAAAAUAAAAUGCUGCUUAGAGAAUAGAGUUCCUUAAAUAUUUUUUAUUUUUUGUGCUCAAAUGUAUUUUCUGUUGAUUUAUGGAAUGUUCUGUAUAAAGCUGUGUAUAGUUGUUACAGUUGGGGCUAAAAGCAUUUUUUAUCGGAAUUUAGCCAAGUAUGUUUGACCAUGUCACAAAUAGUAUCUUUGUUAUUAAAAUUUUGAUUGCCUAAUAGGA